GUGACAUAUCACCUGACGAAUGACCAACAAAGCAGGAAAUGUAGCUAGAAAACAAACGAAUAACACAUUUAGUCAGUCAAUAAUCAGCCAUGGAUUGUUUAUGUAACGGGAUACAUCCUUUAUUAAGGCUGUGGAUGGUCUAUGUGUCUCUUUUCAUAAGCCAUGGAUUCGCCGGUAAAAUGAAAAUAGUAGAGGAGCCAAACACAUUUGGGUUGAACAAUCCCUUUCUGGCCCAGGGAAGCAGGCUACAACCUAGAGUGACCCCAUAUCCAGUGUCUGGCCCUACACAUCUUCAGCGGCUUGCUGGAAAGUGCUUCAGUUUCACAGAGUCAAUGUAUAAAUAUGAAUUCUGUCCAUUUCACAACAUCACCCAACAUGAGCAGUCAUUUAGAUGGAACGCCUACAGUGGGAUACUGGGGAUCUGGCAGGAGUGGGAAAUCACAAACAACACAUUCACAGGCAUGUGGAUGAGAGAUGGGGAUGCUUGUGGGACCAGAAACAGGGAAACAAAGGUGAUUCUGGUCUGCGGUACAAGCAGCAAGCUUUCUCAAGUCUCAGAGCCCAGUACGUGUGUGUACUCGCUAACCUUUGAGACCCCACUUGUUUGCCAUCCACAUUCUCUUUUGGUGUACCCGACACUGAGUGAGAAGCUGCAAAAGGAAUGGGAUGAAGCUGAGCAGGCUCGCUAUGAAGGUCUUCUUACUGAGCAGGGAUACAACAAUCUUUUGAGGGAUAUUUUUGAAGAUGCUGGUCUCCUGAAGAGCCUAAAAGUCAAGAUAAAGCUGCCAGAAGUUGCAGCUGAUUCAGGAACACACAACUCUUUACAGAAAUGCACAGAGGAUUUCCAAAAGCAGAGAGAAGAGAUUGGGAGACUGCGCGCUCUUCUCACUCAGCACAAUAUUCCUUUUGAUUCAAAGCAAAAUGAAGGAAAAACCACAGUGAGUACAAAAGUUAAGGACCAACACCUAAGGGGAGACAAUGGCCUUUUUGAUCUGCAGUGAACAUCUCCCAGAGCAGGCCACCUUCACCAUUUGUGUGCAUUGAGCAGGUUUUAAAGACUUUGUUGGUCAGUGUGAGCGACAAAGACAGCUGCUGGACAGUAUUUCCGUCACUGGUGACCGCACUACAGGUUAAUUUAAACAAGUGACACUGAGGAAAAACUGAACUUGUUAGUUCAUUACAAACUUGUCAGACUUUUGAAGACCUUUUUUUUUUUUUUCAUGACGGUCGACCAGAUCUCUCCAGGAUUUUCAUCAGAAAGGAUAAUCGUAAUAGUUAAUGACUCAAACUCUGGAAAGACGCAAGAUGUUGACAAAUAAAAAAUGGUUUUAAAGAGAAAAUAAAAAGUUUAAUAUAUUCAUGUUUCAACGUUUGCUUCAGCAGGCUUACAAAGAGAAUAUUGAGUCCCUAAAAACCAUUACAGGUAACCAUUAUAGGUAAAGAAUUAGUAACUCAUUAGUAAUCAAGUACUCAUACCAUAUUUGUCUACUUUCUCAUUUUUUUUAAAGUGGUGCCCUAAAAAACUGAACACCUUGUUCCAGGUAGUGGACACUAUUAGAAAAUAUCUACAAAGGGUACAAGUGGAAUUCAAAAAGUGGACAGAACAAAACAUUUUAUUAAAUAACUGGUAUUCGCGUGUGUGUGUGUCAGUCAGACCAAAAGGGAUGUAAAAAAAGGCUUGUGGUGUUAUUUAUGUGUGUGGCUGUGAGAGACAUUUAAAUGUAUUUUGAAUAUUAAGUUUACUGUAUUUGGGUGUAUUUUUAUAAAUCCAGGAAGUGAUGUAAACAGCCUUCACCCACAUAUAGAGUCUCAGUUUCCUUCCUGAAAAAGUUUGUAACCUUACAGUGUGCCUCAGUAGCACAGGAGGCCCUACAUUCCCCCUGAAACUGCAGCCAGAACUGGCAGCUGCUCCUAUACCUACUGUAUAUCUGUUCUGGAAAUAGAGUUGUGAAUUGGUAGAUAACCAGAGACAUACAAAUCUCAAAUGCACAUGUAUGAAACAUGAACUGUUAGGCUGGAAGGAGUUUUUGUGAUAAGUUAGUUGUAAAACCAAAACAUGUUAAUCAUGCUUAAACUUUGAGUGGAUGAGAAAAGUUAUUCUCAUCGGUGACUUCACAGAUUAUGGGCUUUGACAGGCACAAACAUGUCUCGACU